AAAUAAAUAGCCAUAGCUCUAAAUUCAAACUUGACAUCUGGAACAAAUGCUGGCUAUGGUUGUAAUAAAUAAUACAUUGGAUAACUUUAAAACAUUUUGAACUCUUUAUGUAAAAACUUUAUGAAUAGUACUUACUAGAAUAUUAAAAUGUUGUGCCCGGAUGGCGAGUUACCAGUUAAAGAAAAUGUCACUAAAGAUGAAGAGAUAUGUCGCAAGAAAAAUCGAAAACAUCACGUGGAAGGUGCUGGUAGCUUGGAAUUAAAUUCGUAUAAAAAUCCAAAAACAUGGAAAAAAUCCAUUUCUAACUUCUUUCGUAAUCAACUUCGUUCAACUAAAUCAAACGAUGGAGAUGUUCCUUCUGGCAGCAAAGAAAAUUUCGAAGAUAAAGAUGUCACUCCGGAGCAAAAAUGGCAGUCCUUGGGAAAAAUUUUUCGACGGCAAAGUUUUGCUGAACAUUGGAAUAAAUCAGGAAAUGCACAGGGCGAAAGUUCAAGUGGCCAAAACAAAAGGAUUGUAGUCAGAAAAGUUUUGUCAAAUUACUUUGGAAAAUCUCAAAAAUCUUUAUCUCCUGAAGAAAAUAAAUAAUAUUUAACAUGUAUAUGUUCUUAAUUUAUUAUUAUUAUAUUAAAUAAAUAAAAGGAUUUGUUAUUAUAUUAUUAUUAUAUUAAAAAUAAAAGCAAGUAUUA